GAUGCUUUCUUUCCUCUAGGAUUGGUACAGAUAUUGUGUAUUCUUACAGCCUUUUGUUGGGUUUUAUUAAAAAGGGAAAAUGUCAUUUUGAAAGUAUUCUGUAUCUUAGCCAGUCUGUCUUUGUUACUCCUGUCUCUGUGUCUCCAAGUGCAUUUGGUUGCUUUGUGUGGUAAUGGAGAAAACUAACAAAGCAUAUCAUAUUCCUUACACUUUAUUUAACCAAGAGCCCUUUGUGUCUGUCUAUUGGGGACACUAGAACCUUCCCACAGGUUGCCAGUAUUGCUUCUCUAGGUCCCAUUUGGAUUGGUUAUGGGCACAUUGCAGCCUCCAGGGGCGGCUCCUGUGCUUUUUCUCUUUUUGAAAAUAAAAUCCGGUAGUUUUGCUCUCUUAUUUGUAGGAUUUUUGAUGAUGGUGGUGGUGUGUACAUAUGUGUGUCUGUGUUCAUGUUAGUAUUUGUCUUAAUUGUCUCAUUCUACAUUGAAUUCAUUUUAAAUGUAGAUAGCAUUUUAUUUUGCUGAUGGCAGCAUUGGAAAGCAAGCCUAGAGUCUUCAUAACCACCAUCCUUGCUAAAAGGGAAGUUUUGUUUGCUUGUUUGUUCAGAGUAGAGUUCUAAGACUUGUUUUAAUUCUAGGAUCACAUCUUACCAGUGAAUCACUUUGUAAACCACAAUAGUUUAACUGUGGUUCUUAUUCUUCACAGUCAUACAAAUAUAUUUCAUAGCACAGUCUCUUCCCUAGUUAGAGUACAGUACAGACUCAGAAACAACUAGUUGUAGAUCUUAAGAAGAAAAGCUUGUAGGUUGGAUUCAGUGAAGAUUUGAAAGAGUAAACUAACCUUUGUGAGGUAGCCAGGACCUAGCGAAAGACAUCAGUGUGGAUAGCAAAGGUGCAUAUGGACUGCCUUAGUAAUAAAAGGCAGUUUUAAACUAACUUAGCAAAAACUAUACAUUUGAUAUCUCAUUCCCCAAAAGAUUGCUUUGUGGUUUUUGGUUUUUAAUUAUUAUUUGAUAUUGUUUUGUUAAAAUCUGCUAUCUUAAACCUUUAGAGAGUGAGAGAUAACCAAGAUCCUUUGUCUCAACUUUGAAGUGACUGCACUUCCUCUGAAGAUUUUCUUUCAUCAUUUUUAGUGUCUGUUUCCUUUGCUCUUUAACUACUUUGAACUAACAAGAACACAUUUCCCUCUUUCUGUUUAUUGAAUUUAGAGACAGUCCUUAGGAAACAUACCACAAUUGAGUGUUUUAAUUAUUUUGUGGGGUGCUUGUUUGUUUGGUGGUGGUGGGUAUAUAUGAUUCAUGUAAAGCCCUCGCCUCCCAUUCCAGAUGAGACGCUGCUACCUUGCUGCAGAAUUGGCUGUUGUCAUUUUACCAGGGACCUUUCACUCUGAUCUCUCCUUCCCUCCCCACCAGGAAAGAAUACCAUACUUAAGUCACACUGCCUCCAAGACCUCUGGUGCUCUGACAGUCUUCUUUAGCACAGCUCUGCCAGACCCAAUCCUUUUUGUUAAAUCUUCCCUUGAUGAUCACAUGGGGCAGCAGGGAUUACAGGUGCCAAGAGUGAAACUAGGAGGGGAAGGAAUCUGGGGACUAGGGAGGGGGCCUGGGGCUGCCAAGCUAGGUGAACAGUGGUUUUGAACAGAAGGGGUGGGGUCUCUCUGGGAAGAUGUGGUGCACGAGAAGGGGAAGGGAAACUGUUGGUGUCUUAAGAAAUUAGUUAAAACUGCUUUCCUGUUGGGGACCUGUGUUGGAAGCAUUCUCCCAGAACAUUCAUCUUUCUACGUGUUAAGCUCUAAUUGGCGUUUAUAAGUUAAAAACAAGUACAGUAAGCUUCCUAUAUUCUGUUUAUGUAAUAACAUGGUAAAGAACUGAGAUUUGUGCUCUUAAAUUUGGGGUGGGGGUUUUGUUCCAUUUUGAAGGAAUUAUUUAAGCCAACCUAAAUAUGAUGACAGUAUUUAGUGUGGCAGACAACUCUUAUAUUUUGUAUUAGACUUCAAAAACCUUUUUCUUCUUCCUCUUUUUGUUUUUUGUUUUUGUUUUUUUAAAUCCAGGAGAAUGCUUUAUUUCAACUUUUAGCUGACUAGAUGCUUAACUUAGUAACAAGUUUAGCCCUUGUAACUGGCUAGCUAAAAGCAAAUCGGCUUGUUUCUCAGAUCUAUGGGGGAUAGCAAGAAACAUUUGAGUGAAUGUUGUUGAAGAUUUUCAGUAGUAUAGAGAAUGAUGGCGCUCUUGUGAUAUUUCAAGCAAGGAUUUGGCACAGACAUCCUAUUUCAUGGCUACCAACAGUUUGCAUCUUACGACCUUCUGUCUCCAGUACAAACCCACAGUGAUAGCAUGUGUGUGCAUUCAUUUGGCUUGCAAAUGGUCCAAUUGGGAGAUCCCUGUGUCAACGGAUGGAAAGCACUGGUGGGAGUAUGUGGACCCUACAGUUACCCUAGAGCUGCUGGAUGAGCUAACACAUGAGUUUCUACAAAUAUUGGAGAAAACGCCUAGUAGGUUGAAGAGGAUUCGAAACUGGAGGGCUAUGGCUAAGAAACCAAAAGUGGAUGGACAAGGAUCAGAGACACCGCUGCUUGGUUCAUCCUUGGUGCAGAAUUCCAUUUUAGUAGAUAGUGUCACUGGCGGACCUGCCAAUCCGAGUUUUCAGAAGCCGUCAACAUCGACGUUCCCUGCUCCGGCGCCUCUAAAUUCAGGGAAUACUUCUGCUCAAGAGAGCCGUGCGUCUGAUAAUUUGUCAGUGCUAGCAACGGGAGUGCCCAGUACCUCGUACAGUUUGUCUUCACACCAAGAAUGGCCUCCGCAUCCAGACUCGGCCAGGACAGACCCAGUGUACACACAGAAACAGGAGGCCACUCUCUCUGGGAGCCAAUACAUAAGCUUCCAGCAGGGACCUUCAGUGACACUGCAUUCAGGAUUACAUCACAGGCCGGACAAAGCUGCUGAUCACUCAUCAGCUAAGCAAGAAUAUACUCACAAAGCUGGAAGCAGUAAGCACCAUGGGCCCGUACCUGUUACUCCUGGAGUGGUUCCUCAGAAAAUGUCUUUGGAUAAGUACAGAGAAAAGCGGAAGCUAGAAACCCUUGACUUGGACACAAGGGAUCAUUAUCUAACUGCCCAUGCAGAGCAGCAGCACAAACAUGGGCCAGCCCAAGCAGUCGCAGGCAGUUCUGUUACUUCUCCCAUUAAAAUGAAACUUCCCCUCGCCAACUCUGACAAACCGGAGAAGCACACGGCCGAGAAAAAGGAGAGGAGCGGAUCACUGAAGCUACGGAUUCCAAUCCCACCCCCCGAUAAAGGUCCCAGUAAGGAGGAGCUGAAGAUGAAGAUCAAAGUGUCGUCCUCUGAAAGACACAGCUCUUCUGAUGAAGGCAGUGGGAAAAGCAAGCACUCAAGCCCACAUAUCAGCAGAGACCACAAGGAGAAGCACAAAGAACACCCCGCCAACCGUCACCACAGCAGCCACAAGCAUUUGCACAUGCACAGCGGGGUCGGUAAGCAUGCUGCCGAUGGAAUGCCACCCACUGUGCUGAGGAGUCCUGUGGGCCUGGUCCCUGAAGGCAUCUCCUCUGCCUCCAGUGCAAGGAAGAAGCUGCAUAUCAACGAUGCCUCCCACAACCACCACUCCAAAAUGAGCAAAAGUUCCAAAAGUUCAGGUAGUUCAUCUAGUUCUUCCUCUGUUAAGCAGUAUCUAUCCUCUCACAGCUCUGUUUUUAACCAUCCCUUACCCCCUCCUCCCCCUGUCACAUACCAGGUGGGCUACGGACAUCUCAGCACCCUCGUGAAACUGGACAAGAAACCAGUGGAGCCCCACGGUCCUGAGGCCAAUCACGAGUACAGUACAAGCAGCCAGCAUAUGGACUACAAAGACACAUUCGACAUGCUGGACUCGCUGCUAAGUGCCCAAGGAAUGAAUAUGUAAUCAUUUGUUUAGGUCAACUUUUCCUUUCCUUUUUAAUUUAAAAAUGGUUGGAAUAGAAAACUCCCUCCUGGUCCAGCAGUGGUGCCACUGCUUCCGUCUUUGUAAGUGCUGCUUUGUUCUUCAUUCUGAAAGAAGAGAUGAUAGUAACAAGUCUAUCUCCACAUACAAUAGUGUUACCAGGACUGUAAACGCAUGGAAGAUGCAGCUGAGAACAUUAGGAUGAAUGGCUGGCUGCUGCUAGGAACCUAAGCUGCCUCAAGCUUUUGUUAUUUAUGAUUUGAAUACUGUAGCUGUUUUUGUUGUCGCUUGGCUUUGAAUGAGUGUCGGUUGUUUUCUUUUGUGUAUUUAUACUUGUAUGUAUGGUUUGCAUGUCUCAGUGAUAAAGGGAUAAAACAGUAUGCUGACAACUGUUUACAAGAAAGUGGAGAAAAAUGUACAUACAUUUUUGUAUGUUUAGCUAUUACCAUAAAUACUCAGGAUUGGAGCUGCUUGUAAGUAUAACAAUAUACAGAAUAACUUUAUUUUCUUUCAUCAGACUCCAUCACUAAUUAAAACACAAGUGGCACUUUUUUAUGUUAACCUUAACUCUAGGCCUUACUGGAAGCCGCUGAGGGGACACUUCACUACUAGACGGGAUGCAGUCCACGGGUGGUCCUUAACACUGGGAAGCGCUCAGUUUGCCUCAGAGGGUCCCACCAGACCGGCUGCAGAGUCAGCCCCUGAUUUCUGAAGGCUGAAGAGGAAAAAAUAAUAAAGUUUACAUACUCUUGAUGUGAAGUGCAUUUAAAUGUUUGUUGGCUUGUUGCAGUGCUGUAGAAGAGCAGUUAAUACUGGAUCUGAGAAUGACUGUGACUUAACUCACAGGAGCUCCCAGUGAAGAAUUAGUCCAUUCAUUCAAGAACUUUGACACUACAGAUUCGAACAGUGAACAGGGAUCACUUUUCCUUUAGCAUUUGCAGUGAUACCAUAGUCUUGAAUCUACUCUUCCCAUGGAGAGAGAGAGGGGUGUGUGAGAGAGACCAUAUUUCUUUUUCAGGUAAAUGCAGUCUUCCUUAUAAAAAUGAAAUUAAACCUAUGCUGUCUUGAUUCUUUUAUAUUCUAACAAUAAAUAAAAAGAAAAGAUUGCUGACUGUACAUUGUACCUGUAUUUAUAGCUUAUGGUCAUUAUCAGGAAAAUGUCAGGAAAAAGGCCAGCCUUGGGCAAGCCACUGCUGGAGGUUUAACAUUGGUUUGCACGUCUUAGUGGGUUCUCGUUGAAGUAAAGCUUGCACUGUCACCUGACGCCUGGUCAGGGGAUAGACUUAAUUUGUCUAAAUUUUGGUGUAAGCACCAACAGUAAUGGCUCUUGUCUGUUGCCUAAUCUUGAAUUCAUUUCUGUGGUGAGUCUUAGCUGUUGAGUCUCUUUAAGAUGGGUCGGAUUCAGCUUGUGUUGACUGAAUCACAAGUUUUCCCCUGUAUAUGGACUGUUUGUUACAAAGCCACUGAUCUGUGCACAAUUGUAACUUUAUUCAAGUAUGUUGUUGGUGUAAAUAUUAGAGUUGAGCCUUGUACUCUACUUUUAUUUAGCGACUACCUGAUUUGCCAGUAGCUUUUUGUUUUGUUUUGUUUUGUUUUGUUAUUUUAAAGAAAAUUGUUGAUUAUUUUGUCAAUGUUAUUUGAACCUGGGAUGUCAGGAGUCUCUUUGUGGGUACUCAGCCUAACAGGCCAGUCCUCACUCUGGUCUUAUCUUGCAUCAGUAAUCUUUGUUACUAUGUGAUUUUUUUUUUUUUUUUUUUUUUUUGUUGCUGUGUGGUAUACUAUUGUAUCAUAAACAUGAUGAUUCUGAAGCAGUUACAGUUUUACCGUGGUACAUAUCCAAGGACGAGCAUAGAAUUAAACAGAGUACAAGGUGAGGGGGGAAGGGUUUUGUUCUUGGUGAUUUCGAUGUGAAACCUCGACAGAGCAUCAUGUGAACUGACAUGGGGUGGUUGUGCUACUGUAUCAUUGGGAGUGAUGCCAGGAAUUUUAAUCAGCUUUUGUAAAGAAUAUCCAGAGAAGUAGUGAACUUACUUUCAGUAUGACAUAGAAAACAAUGUGAAUAUUUAAGGUCUGGGACUAUAGUUAAGCUUCACUAAGGAUUUUCAGAAAUGUGUUAUUUUUUUGUUUCUUUUUGUUUUUUGUUUGUUUGUUUGUUUAGAUAUGGGAAUAAAGGUAAUUUUGUUGAAUCUUUAUUGGUGCUAAUGACGGACAGUUAAACAGAUAGUGUAUAUGCCGUGGAUCAGUACACUUAGUACUUCCAGAAUUGACUUUGAAAUGCUAUGUAUUCACUUUCACUCUGUAAAUGUAACUCUUUACAAUGACUAUUUAUUAAAAGGCAGUCAGUUGUGAUUUUUACAGGAUUGUGUGAACUAUUCAAACUCUUCAACUUCUGAAUAAGAUGCUAAAACUACAAUGGGGGAAAAUGCGUGAAUCCUCUUAUGUUUUCUUUCCACUAAGGAAAACUCUCAAUUCAUAUCACCAUGAAUUUGCUUGAACAAUCUCGUUUGCAUAAAAUAGUUCAUCUGCAUGGUCCCAUUAGACUCUACCAAAGAAAAAAGACUCAAUAAAUGGACAUUCUUUUGUGAGUCUUGUAAGUAGCCAUAAAUAACCAAAAUAGUAUCAAACUUAGGUGUGAAAUUUCACAUGUGCAAAGUACUGUUAAGGUGAUACAUUUUGAUGAGUUUUUUAAUACUUGAAAAUAUUAAAAAGCACUAUCUUUACGUCGUCCUUUAAGAGUGAUUCGUUCUUAAGGUGUUCCCUAGGUGUGCGACCUUUCUUCGAAAGCACAUUGUAAGCAGAGGCUUCCUGUCUACCUCUCAGCUAACUUUCCAAAAUCAAGGUGUGCUUCCUCAGUAUUUGCCUUAGUUACUGACACAUCCUGUUUUCAGAACCAAAGCAAAGGAGUUUUGUUGUGGAGGCCUUCUCGGAGGCUGCAGUACAAACGUGCUAGUGCCUGCUGUUGGGUAAGGCCCUGCGUGUCUCGUAGCAGUGGUGCCAGGCCUGGGUGCGCGUUAAAGCCAUGAAUGUGCAUCUCAAUCUUUCCUGGGAUUAGAGUAUUCAGCCUUUGAAGAUGUCUUCCAUGGUAUGGGAUGUUUUCUUCAGGAAUCUCAUGAGUGUGCACUUUGGACCAACAGAUAGUAAUUACACAGAACUCCCAAACUUUUGGACCUAUCUAUCCCCUUUGAACUAAAAAUAGGACUAAUUAGGAUUUACUUGAAAGAACCAGUUUGAAAUGUUUUCAUUAGUUAACCAAAUACCUUGCUUUAAGAGGUUGCAAGAAAGCAUGUUUCUUAGAAUUUAAAUUCUGAUUUUAUUCCUUAGCUAACCUGAAGUGUAAGCCACUGCCACUAUAUACGUGGGUGGAGCAUGAUUUGUUGAUAAUUUAGGUCCCUGCACUGGGGAGAUGGUUUGUUUAGAUAACAUCUCCGAGAGAGGGACGUUUUUGGUUUGGAAUUUUUGAGACUUGGUCUUGCUCUAUAACAGAAAGUUAUAUGGCUUUAAACGUAUCCAUUCUCCUGCUUCCACCCAUGCCUGGGUCGGUGGUUCUUAAGUUAUUCCCAAUUGGCCGGAAGUUUCUGAGAAUUUUGUUUUGUUUAGUUUUCUGAGAAAUAUCUAGAAGCUCUUUGUAACUAAACACCUCUGGCUUGGUAGUUGUCUUGAUUCAGCAGUUUUCCCCUCGGGAGCAGUAGGUUCCAUUCACCAUACUUUCACGGGAAGAAUCGGCAAAGCCCACUCUGGGAAACUGUCAGUAGGUUGAGUUAAAUUCUGUCCUGCUGGCUUAAGGCAGGCAGGUUGAAGCAUCUGCACUGGCCGAGGGUGUUGUGCGUCCCUGUCUUUCCUCAGUGUGCGGUGUUGACACUAGGGGGUGUGUUUAGAACGCAGGCCCAUCUAGUCCAGGUCAACAGACAGUUGCAGGGCAAUUGGGCCUGGAUGGAAGCCAAGUCAGAUGCUUGUUGGAAACAUCUGUCUUUCUUAGUCAUCUUAGUGGUACUACAUUUUCUAAGUAUGUUCUAUUAUUUCAGUUUUGAAUUGUACCCAGCCCUUUCGUGGUCUGUAAUUCACCAUCUCUCCUGCCUAGCAUAUUCUUGAGGUGUGCUGACGUGCCCAAGACUGCAUGGGUAGGAGCAGUUCUGUUCGCCUAAAGCUGACUUCAUCCAUUUGCUGCAAUUCAGUAAUCUCAAAAUCAAGCUUGUGAACUCUAGUUUCCUUUGUUUCCAAGUGUUGAGAGGAAGCCUCACUUAAAGUCCUCCAGCUGACAAGUCCGUUUAGUAGUUUGUGUAACUGGAUUGGCCUGGUAGUGAGCAGUUUCCCGUGGUCAGGAGCGCACCCUGGAGUACCAGGUUGUUGAGAACGGUGGAAUUCGAACGUUCAAAACCCUUGUGGAUAAUUGAAAAACAAAAUGUGUAUAUUGGCAUGAGUUAGCCAUUGAAUUUCAGCUUCUCAUUACAUAAGGAAUUAUUAAUAAAGUUUGUUUAUUGACAACCAAA